CAAACGCCAGCCCAUGAGAAUAUACGGGAACAAAAUUAUGCUUUACCUCGUAUAUAGUGGCAUCAGUCUAUUCCAAAUUUGAGAGUUUUUUUCUUUUAAUAUUGUAUGUAUCUAGACAUACUUUAGUGUGUUCAUUCAUUUUAUUACGUAUCUAGUCAACAUCGAAAUAUAUAAAGCAUUUUGUAAUUUGGAAGGUUUUUUUUUACUGGCGCAUACAUAAUGCAGUACCUAUCUAAAACCUGUACAUAAUCUUCGGAGUAGGCAUACACAGGCUCAAGCAAAGGAAGCCACGAAGGAUUAGAAGAUGGAUCAUCGGCGGCGACGCCCGGAGAAACGCCGCAGGAUAAUAACGCCUCCUCCGGCUGCCGGCAUCGCCCUCCCCGACGACCUGCUUUUCAUGGAAGUCUUGGUGCGCCUCCCUGCAAAAUGCCUCCUGCGCUUCAAAUCUGUCUGCCGCUCCUGGUGCGUCGGCAUGGCGGACGCCGGCUUCGUCCGCCGCCACCGUGAUUUCUCCCGCGCGAGUCAGCCGUCAAUGCUCCUCAUCGGGCGCAAGAGUGCCACCGAAGACGAAGAAGAACCCUCCGGGGACAUCACCUUCUACCGCCUGCGGCUGGGACAGACACCGGGCAAGUCCAAGGUCAAAGCGGAGUUGCUGCUCGAGAAGGCGUGCCCACUGGAAGCGGCGGUAUCACCGACGCAUUGCGAUGGCCUGGUCGCCAUCGUAACCGCCACGGAUCAGGUGUUUGUGUGCAAUCCGGCCACAAAUGAGCUCGUCGCGCUGCCGCUCGGCAGCCCGAACGUGGAAAACACAAAGUUUCCAUCGGGGGCGAUCGGCUUCGACCGGUGGCGCAACCAGUACGUCGUCGCCAGGUACUUCUACCGGCGCCGGUGCUACGACGACGAGUCCGGCGGCAAGCUUGAUUACGACAUCGGGCACGAGAUCUUCACGCUCGGGGGCAAGUCCUGGGAGCUCACCGCGGACCCGCCCCACGCUAUCAGCGGCACUCGGCCGGCCUACACGGGAGACGCCUUCUACUGGGCGUGCGAUGAAGACGAACACCCCCGUCCGAGCUCGCUGCUACGGUUUAGCCUGCGACACAGGACGUUCGACCUGGUGCCAUGCCCUCCUAACUUCGGCUACCACACUGCCCUCGACCAUCUGGCGGAGCUAGACGGCAAGCUGUGCUAUGUCAACAAUGGGGCCUCGUUGACGACCUUCGACGUGUGGCAGCUGGCGGAUGACGGCGGGACAGGACCAGCCCAGUGGUAUCUGCGCUGCCGGAUCGAUCCGGGAGACGACGACGAGUGCUUCGGGAGCUACGGCUUCCUGCCGCUUUGGGCCACCGGCGGCAGGAUGCUGGUGAUGGUGUCUGACGAGACGCUGUACUGGUGCGACGAGAAGAGCCGAGGUGUGGAGGAAGUGGUGGACCUGGAAGAGGCUCUGGACUUGGAGGAGGGCAAUUAUGUUCGCCACGUCGUCCCAUACAGGGAGAGUCUCGUCUCCAUCAGAAACUUCACUGUCGAAGGACAUCUCGCAAUCUCGUAACUAAGUUCAGUCUGCAAGAAAGGUUUGAGUUUUGCACUGAUAAUCAUGAGUAGUCCAAAAACCCUUAACAAGUUCAGUGUGAAUAUCACCCCUCAAAAAAAGUUCAGUGGGAACAAUUAAUUAGUCUGGAAAUCUUAGCGUCAGGUGUAAACGAGGCAUGCAUGUACACCAACUCUAUGUACAUAUAUGUAUAUAUAGUUGUCUUGUCUUGGCAAUAACAUUUUCCGUUUAGAGCUUCCACAACAAUGCCAGACACUUACCUAGGUGCUUAAGUAGCCAACAAAAUUUCUUGUCCC